UUCUUUUCCCACCAAAUCCCUAAUUCCGUCUUUCUUGUUCCGGGAGUACCUACACUUCUUCCUAACUUGAUCCUCAUAAAGGAGUGAUUUUAAGAAAUUUUGGACGAAGAACAAUUUAAUAGGUCUUGGAUAAGGUCAAUUUCUUUCUCUUCUUAUUACUGCCACUGGUUUCGCCUCUUCUGAUUUAGCUAAAAAAGCUUCCGCCGGAGUUGAACGACUUCUUAAAACCAGCCAGGGGUUGGAAGUCAAAAACCCUACCUACCGACGUUCCUUGCGCCGCCGUUCUCGAACAAGGUAUGUUUUAUUUCAUUGCAUUUGCGAUCAUACACAAAACUCAUGAUGUUGUUGAUGAUGAUAAUAAUCUAUUUGCUUUAGUUUAAAUGUUGGAGUUUGCUUCUUUUGAUGAUCCUUUACCAUUAUUCUUACUUCAAAGAUGUGAAUGCUAAAGUUCCGUUCCUUUUUUGUAAUGACCUAACUUUGUCUUUUUUAGUGCUGUCAUAUUGUGAAUUAUGAAAUUGGGGUAUUUUUUAGUUUCAUAAUUUGGGAUAUUUUUCUUGUGUUAGUGUAUAUGUGAUAUGUGAUAAUGACAGUUAUAUUCCGUGCCUUCCAUUUUUCUGUCUCUUUCUUUACUUCUCUACAGUGAGUUUUUGAAUUAUGAUUUGUUGUUUUGUGGGUGUGAUUGAUUGAGUUAAAAUUGUGCCACAAUCUGACUUACAUGCUGAUUAUUUGGUAAAUAAUGAAAAUAAUGUGGACCUAGUUUUGUGGGAUUGCAUUGACAGCACUAGUUAGAAGUAUGGUUUUGAUAUUUUUUUAUUUUUUUUUGUUUGGGUUUGAUAUUUGAUAAAUUCAGGUUUUCUUGUACUGUCUCUCUAUCUUGGUCCCUGUGGUUUAUGGCCUACACUGAUUUCGUGACUUUGUUUUUCGCCAUCGUUGUUUGGUGUGCUGCUUACAUCACUGUUGCAGUUGUAGCUUCUUUUCGGGCUGUCCAUUAUCUUUGCAUUUUCUGAACUUUGGAGGGAAGCUGAUUGCAAUUUCACAAAGCUACAAUGGGUUAUGCACAACUUGUUAUAGGUCCUGCUGGUAGUGGCAAGUCUACAUAUUGCUCGAGUUUGUACAAACACUGUGAAACUGUACGACGGGCAAUACAUAUUGUGAACCUUGAUCCAGCUGCUGAAAAUUUUGACUAUCCUGUUGCGAUGGAUGUAAGGGAACUCAUUUCCCUGGAUGAUGUUAUGGAAGAGCUUGGGUUAGGUCCUAAUGGUGGCCUUGUAUACUGCAUGGAACACCUUGAAGAUAACCUAAACGAUUGGCUUGAUGAGGAGCUGGACAAUUAUUUGGAUGACGAGUACUUGGUUUUUGAUUGCCCUGGUCAGAUAGAACUUUAUUCACAUGUGCCAGUGUUUCGGAAUUUUGUUGAACAUUUGAAAAGGAGAAAUUUUAAUGUAUGUGUUGUGUACUUACUUGAUUCACAGUUCAUGGUAGAUGUGACCAAAUUUAUCAGUGGAUGCAUGGCUUCCCUUUCUGCAAUGGUUCAACUUGAACUACCUCAUGUCAAUAUCCUCUCAAAAAUGGACCUUGUGACUAACAAAAAGGAUCUUGAAGAAUUCUUGGAUCCAGAACCUACCUUUUUACUGUCUGAAUUGAACAAACGGAUGGCUCCUCAGUAUGCAAAGUUGAAUAAAGCUUUGAUUGAACUGGUAAGUAGUUAUAGCAUGGUGAGUUUUAUACCACUAGACUUGAGGAAAGAAAAAAGCAUACAAUAUGUAUUGGCUCAAAUUGACAACUGCAUUCAAUAUGGAGAAGAUGCCGAUGUGAAGGUUAAGGAUUUUGAUCAAGACGAUGAUGAGUAGCUGACUCUCUUCUGCAGCAAUGCUUGGUAUGAUACAAAGUACUGUGUUCACAAUGACUUAAUGGUUAUCAAGCUCAAAUUGUUAAUACAAUAGUUUUUAGUUAUGUUUAGUGUGAAUUGGGGACCUUGACGAUUUAUAAAAAUUUAGCCACCUGAUGGGGAGAGAAGUUGGGGAUGGUGCUUAAUCAAAUACUUUGUUGUUACUGCUUGUUUGGUUACACCAACAUAAACUUAUUCAGACCUCAUUAUUUUGGUUACUAA